AUGUCUCAGUUGAAGGGUCAGCUGAUUAUGCUACCCGACUUAGACGACCUCUCUCUUGAAUGUGAUAUCGAGGCUGCUGACGUCGGAGAACCUGGCGAGAGCACGGAGGCUGAGGAAAAGCAGCUGAAGGCCGUCUUGAAAAGACACCAGAAGAUCUUCUUAGGCGACGGAAAUGCUGUCCCGCCCCCGGCAAGGAGCGUCAUCUGUGAUCUAGAUGUGGGUGACGCCAAGACAGUUGCCCAACGACCCCGAUCGGUCCGUCCGCACUUGUCAAUCAAGGUGUACAAGUUGCUGAAGAAGCUCCUGGAAGUCACCCUGAUUGAACACUCUGAGUCGCCAUGGGCAUCCCAAAUUGUGAUCGUGCUCAAGAAAAACGGAGUGGAUAUUUGA